AACGGCUGAGAUGAAACGGUCUGCGUAGCUACUCUGAAGAACGAAGAUGCUUCUCUAUUCGCACUUCUUCUCUCUCAAAAAUUUCUGAAAAUUUUAAUUUUGACUUUUUCGAAGAAAAAAAAAGAAAAAGUCUCCGUUGAAUUUUCUCCGACAUGGCUAUUAUCGACGAUGAGCGAGAGUUUGAGGAAGCAACAGUUCACGACGAGGUCGAAGAGCUUGACAAAAACGAGGAAGUGGACGCCGAGGACGAUGAUGAGGACGACGAUGAUGACGGCGACGAGGACGCCGAGGAUGAUGAGAAAGAGGUCAUACAGAGCUCGGGUAGUGGUCCACAAGUUCUCUCUGUAGAUGACGAUGAGGAUGACGAGGACGAUGAAGACGACGAGGAUGAUGAGGACGAUGAAGGUGAUAGUGACGACGACGAUGACGAUGGCGAUGACGAUGAUGACGACGAGGAGGAAGGUGAAGAAGAUGAGGGGGAUCUGGGCACAGAGUAUCUUGUUAGGCCAGUGGCCCGUGCUGAGGAUGAAGAAGAUGCUAGUGAUUUUGAACCAGAAGAAAAUGGUGAGGAAGAUGCAUUUGAGGAGGAAGAGGAUGAUGAUGAAGACACUAGUGGAAAGGUGGAGGCGCCACCAAAGAGGAAGAGAUCAGGCAAAGAUGACUCUGAUGACGACGGUGGAGAGGAUGAUGAAAGACCAUCUAAACGAUAGGGCUUGGCCCAUCUUGAGAAGAUGGCUGACCCUUGGUAUAGAGGUCAAUCUCCUCUUUCCUCUCUUUCUUUAAUCCAACAAUACCUCUAUAGAAAGACUUGAUGUAUGAUGAUGGUUCUCCUACUCUUAGUUCUAAUCUCUUUUGGAGUUCGCAUAGUGAAAGCUGGGUUCUGCGAUUGUGACCCAGUUUAGUUUAGUUUUGUAUAAGAACUUUGGUUCUAGCUUUAGCUGCAACUGCAAGGUUUAUGUGUUGUUUUUAGUUGUUAAACUUUGUUAGUCUGCCGGAUGAUAUUUUGGUGCAAAUAUAUGUGGUGGGCUUAAUUUACAGUG